UAUUGAUUUUCCCCGUGAUUCGACUCAUAAUUCUUUUAAUUUCUGUGGAUUCCUUUCACUGGUAAAAUGACAACAAGCCGGUCAAAUGAUCGUUGUUGGAGACCAUAAUAUUCUACUUCCGCCUUUCCGAAGCUAAACAUAGUAACUGAUGUUGCUCGAUGUUGCCACUGUCUUUGAGAUGAUGUUGAAAAAAGAGUAGCCUUUUACCUUUUACCGGGGUUCAUUUUAUUUUCCCUGUGUUAUCAUGUGCAGAUGACCCCCCUCCUUACUCUCUGCAUGGCUGUUUUUUUUUAUCCCAGUCCUUUGAAAACAAGUAAAGCCAAGGUCUGCUUCUGCUAUAAAAUAUCGUCGGAUAAGAGGUCGGGGUCGUCGUGUCGUUAUUGUUAUGUAAUUAUUUAUUUUUAAAAUGUAAACAAUCGUGUGAUGUGUGCUGCACCGGGUGUGUCGAGUGAAGUAGAACUGGUACUGUAAACUUAACUGUCAAGAUGAAAACUAUUUGUGUGGAGUAUGUAGCGUAAUUACAGCUGAGGCUUUGUUGAUCUAAGUCUAAGCAAUGCAAAUUAAAAAUUAGGCCUGUCUAAGUCUUACUAAAGCAAAGUGUGAUAAUAAUUUGAUUCAAGUGUGACAGAACUGACUUCAGGACAGGAGACGUUUGUGUCCUUUGAGAGAGCUGAGUUUUUUACUUCCUGGUAUUCUCUCUGAUCCCGUACCAAGACGAAGACUCUCCAGAAAUUAUAGUUUUGAAUUGUAACCUCAUGAAGUCUAGAUUAGAAACUAGAUCUAGAUCUACUAAUAAUUCUUAGCAGCCUUUAUACAUUCAUCCCCAAAUUAAAAGAUGGACAAAGCCAAGACUUCACCCUGUAAAGGAGCUUCUCCAGGAUCAACUGGCGAUGAUUUGCCUGACGAUCCUACUCAUUCGGCGCCGAAAUUGAUGCCUAAGAAGAAAGUCAAGUGUUUACCUAAAGGACUUUGUUCAGAGUCGGCUGAGGAUGAGUGUGUAAAUAGCAGUGGGGCUGGUGCCCAUGGUGUUGAAGGAGCAUCACACCCACAGGAUGGAUUUGCAACUUGUUGUGAAGGUGAAGAAGACAUUGAUGAAGAUUUUAUUGAGAUUGAUGAAGACUCUUCGUAUCCAGCCGAUGCUUGGGAGAGGUUGAAGGUCAAGGUGCCAGAUCUACGGGACAUGAAGCCAGACGAACUCAUUGUUGAGGGGGAUAGGAAGCAUUUUCUCAGGUUUGUCUGUAUGUCAGACACGCACAGCCGUGUGGAGGGCUCAGAUUUUGUGCAUCGUGUGCCUCAUGGAGAUGUGUUGCUACACGCUGGAGAUUUCACCAUGCACAGCAGUAUACCAGAACUACACGCCUUCAACGAUUUCUUAGGUCAACUUCCCCACAAAUUGAAGAUAAUAAUCCCAGGCAACCACGAGACAUCAUUGGACCAGCGUGGCCACGGUUUCGAUAAAGGACAUGCACGACGCGAGCAAGGCUUGCCAAGGGGAGAUAACUCUUCAGAGAUUUCAGAAGAGCUGAGGUAUCUGAGAGGUAUAUUACACCGAGGGAUACUGUUGCAAGAUUCCAUGAUAGAGUUUUGUGGGAUAAAGGUCUACGGAUGUCCCUGGAUGCCUGUGUAUGCCAGUGAUGGGUUUGGCCUGCCCCGAGGAUAUCAGCUGCUGCAGAUGUACAACUUGAUUCCCAAAGGAGUGGAUAUAUUGCUCAGUCAUGGGCCACCGCUGGGCAUUGGGGACCGUACGAAGAGAUCUCACCACGCCGGCUGUGUGGAACUCUUCAACUCGGUCACUCGCAGAAUCAAACCCAAGUACUUUGUGUGUGGUCACAUUCAUGAAGGCUAUGGUAUCCGUAGCGACGGAACAACAACCUACAUCAACGCUGCUGUCUGUAACAAGAAUUACCGCCCCGUGCAUGCCCCAGUCGUGUUUGAUUUUCCCCUGCCCGCCCCCAUCACGGUCAACGACUUUCACCGUAUGAAGAGCAAGCGCAUCAAAGUUAAGACCUUCAGUCCUCUACCUUGAAU